UCUCAGCCAGCUGUGAUGCCCCCUCACCACGCCCCCUGCCAGAGGAGUUUAUUUAUCCUGAGGGAGAAACAGACAGACAUCCACGAAGAGUGGUCACCGUUGUCAGGGAAGGUCGGCGCGAUGUGGCCCUUCUUACCGCUGCUGCUGCUCGGUCUGCUGCGACCCUGGCCCGUCGAAGCCACGUUCACACAGCGUUGUGACUCAUCCACAGAUGGCAACAUUUACAAAUACCAGGCAAAGACUCUGAAUGGGAGUCGCACUGUGAACUUCAGCGAAUACGCAGGCAAGAGUGUCCUCAUCGUCAAUGUGGCUACAUACUGAGGAUACACCUUUCAGUAUGUGGAACUGAAUGCACUACAUGACGAGAUGAAACCACUCGGACUCACUGUUCUUGCCUUUCCCUGCAAUCAGUUUGGCAAACAGGAACCGGGGCAAAAUCAUGAAAUCCUGCCAGGUUUAAAGCAUGUCAGACCAGGCAAUGGAUUUGUUCCAAACUUCCUGCUGUUUGACAAAGGUGAUGUGAAUGGAAAAGACGAGCAAGAGGUUUUCACUUUCCUUAAGAGCUCCUGCCCUCCAGUUGGAGACAACUUCGGUAUCCCUAUUCACAGAUUGUUCUGGGAGCCUCUGAGAAUCAGCGACGUUAAGUGGAACUUUGAGAAGUUUCUGGUGGGACCAGACGGGAAGCCUGUGAUGAGGUGGCACCCAAGUGUCAACAUUUCUGAGGUCCGAGCUGACAUUCAUAAAUACCUGCUCCAACGCUACACACAGGAUUUUUUCAAUUAGAUCCGAUUCAUCAUAGAGAAUUGUCAAUGUAGUGAAGUAACAGGAUAAGUAGAGUAAAGGUAGAAUGUAAAAGAGAGUAAUGUUAACAGUUUCUGACACAUGAAGAUGGCAUGUUGAAUGAAGAGGAGGCUUGAAAACAGGAACUCUGUGGUGCCUCUUCGGAAUCUGGGAGUCAGGCCAGCUCUUCAGUGCAUUCAGGCUGCCCUGCAAUCCCACAGCAUCAUGUCAUCUUCUCAUCCCAGGACCUGUUAGCCAUUACAGCCCAAAUAUGAAUUACUUCCAAUAAAUCAUGGAGAAUAUCA